CUUCUGACGUUCCAGUUUAGAAGGCAGUGUAAAGUUUGACAACUGGGCUAAAAGGGUUAUGGUUGUUGUUUGUUUUUAAGCUGAUACCCCUCAAAGAUGGGGGUAUUUUGCUUAUCUUAGUCGUGAUUCCAAACCGUAACUAUGUUCAACAAAGUUAGGAGUGCUUUGUACAACGUUGUCGGUGGUGUGGAAGCGCUGCCGGCUGUCGCGGAGGGGGAGGAUCAGAGCAGAUUACGGGUCCCCAAGUUCCCAUACGCGAGGCCCCAUUUCCUGCUGUUUCAACAAGAUGAGGUCCAAGUGUCUGCCGAUCAUCAAAUCAGACCCAUAAUUGUGCCUCGAGACAUCACCAAAGUGCCAUGGCAGAGCGGAUACGCUGAAACGGUGAAUGCAGGGAAGUCAGAAUGGAACGAAGACCAAGCCUGUGUGCAGCAGAGAUUGUUGGUGCGAGAAUCUGAGAAGCACAUUCCUGGAGCAGGGAUGCCAUAUACGUACUUUGCACUCUUUGAUGGACAUGCUGGAUAUGGAGCUGCUGUUGCUGCUGCUAAUCAACUUCACAACGUUGUUCAUAAAAAGUUGAUGGAAGUCAUCGAUCACAUUCUACCCCCUCUUGAACUUGGAAAUACUGGAGCUCAUGGCCACAUUGAAUCCUCAACACCUCGGGGAAUGGCUAUGUGGUAUCCAGAAAAACCACUUCCUGCAGAUGUUUUCAUCAGUGGAGCUCUAGAGCUAGCUUUCAAUGAAAUGGAUGCUCUAAUUGGUGAGGACAAAAGGAAGUACAUCAUGAAAGGUGGUUGCACGGCAGUUGUGUCCCUUUUCAUUGCGGGCAAAGUCUUCGUUGCAAAUGCUGGGGAUUCUAGGGCUGUUCGAUGUUCUUUGAGCAAGCCCUAUCCAAUGUCAAACGACUUUACACCCAGUACAGAACGGCGCAGGUUGCAGCAAUUGGCUGCUCACAAACCAGAACUUUUAUCAAACAACUUCACUCACUUAGAGUAUAAUCCUCGCCCUGGGCGAGCUUUAAUGGGCCGAAAAAUUCUUUACCGUGAUGUAUUUAUGACUGGGUGGGCUUACAAAAUAUGCAGCCCAGAAGAUCUACGCACUCCAGUAGUAACAGGCGAAGGGAAAAGAAGUCGUCUCCUAGCCACUAUUGGUGUGACCAGGGGACUUGGAGAUCAUGAGCUUAGAUCUAUCAUCCACAACACACCUAUUAAACCAUUCCUCUCUUCCCAAGCUGAGGUAAAACUUUAUAAUAUUGAAGCCCACAACAUACAUGAUACAGAUGUUCUGGUCAUGGGCACAGAUGGCUUGUGGGAUGUCACAAAUAAUGAAAAGACAGCAGAAAUAGUCCAGAAUUCACUCACAAACUUCCCAUUUGGUGACCAAGAAAAUUCUAAAUACAGGUUCACAUCUGCUGCUCAGGAUUUGGUCAUGCACUCAAGAGGAAAACCAGAGGGUCACAACUGGCAGACCUCAGAUGGUGCACCAGGCACUAUUGAUGACAUUUCUGUUUUUGUCAUCCCUCUUGCUGCUUACAAAAGGGAGUGGGAAGCGUGGAAACAGCAGAAUGAAAAACUGCGCCAGAGCAAAGCUUCGGACCAGAUCUCUAGCAAAUCUGCCCAGACUGCACAAUCGUCCACCAACAGGUACCCUGCAUCAGCUAAUUUAUCCAACAUGGAUGGCUGGUUUCCUAGCUUAGAUGGUAAAACUCCAACUACUCAUCAAAAUGGAGGAACUCCUGCCAAUGUGCCUGUUGAAGUUGGUGUCCCCCACUUAAAUGUCUCUGACUUGCCUCUUGCUGAGAUUAGCCUUGAAGCUGAGGAAGUUAUGGCACCUGAAGACACACCCAGUAGAAAUGUUGAGACUAUUGAUUCUGAAGAAGGUCUCACUCCUACUAUUGGUAGUUCCAUUCCAGAAAAUGGAGAUAAGGAUAACACAGACCCCUCUUCAACAAACUACUGCGAGCGAUAAACGUAUGAAGUAAACUUAUUUAGUAAAAUGUUUGAUUGUCCACUUGAACUGACUUUAUACUAUCCAACAUUUACAUUUUUUGCACAAAUUGCAUCCUAAGAGGGUGUCAAAAUCAUUUUUAAAUAUUUUUUUUUUUCAUUAUGUCAAGUGAUUUGUUUUUGUUUGUUACAAAAUGUAAAAUUGUACUAUUGAAUGGGAUUGUAGAACAUGUGUAUUAUGUGGUGUAAUACUUUUCAAAGGCUGUGCGCUAAAGCUUUUUUCCUUACAAAUGUUUUUGUUUUUCUAGAGUGCAGGCUGACAAUUUCUUAAAGUUUUUAAUUUGGUCUAAUACACAGACUAAGUUGGUUAUAGUGAAGGGCAGUGUAGCAAAAUUCCCUCUAAUCAUCCCACAGGCGUGUUUACCCAGACUGGGAAAAAGGAGGGGGUCAUGUCACACCUUUUGCCUUUUAACAGGCAGAUUGUGCGACAAAGUGCCCACCCGUCAGGUGUGUGAAAAGUGGGGAGUCAAGACCCCCUGCCCCCUUUUUUUUCCGCUCCCCAGGUACAUGUCUGUUAUCCCAAAAUUAAUCUAAGCUGAACUCCUGCUAGUUACAAACCAAGUUUGAAUUUCCAGGUAAUUUGCUAUAACCGUCUUUGAUACGUAGUCGCUUUAAUACAUGUUUGGACAUGCAGAAGGGCCCAUGCUGCUUUGUAUUACUAGUAAAUGUAUUCCCUAUUAGUAUAUAUUUAACUUCUGUGGCUUAUGUUGAAUUUGUUGAGUUGUUUUUGUCAGGCAUUGUAAUUACAUUGUACACUGUAGUGUAUUUUCCUCUAGUCUUAUGCAUCAAGGAAAUAUAUUAAUUCAUGCUGCUCUAUGGUAACCUUCCCUUUGAAUUGAAAUUUGGUUCAAAGAAAAAAACUUUUUUAAAGUAUGUAAAAAAAUUCUCUCAUAAUGACACGCUUCUUUAAUAAGAAAGAAUCACUUAAAUAAACUCUGUUUCCGAUGGUUCAGUGAUUUGUCAUCUUUCAAAUUUUUCUUCUUGUCUAUGAAACGUAUGCUCAACCAUGCUAUGAUCGCUCAAUUACCCAGACAGGGUAAUAAAAUUGUCCUAUAAAUAUUCUUACUUGUAUUCCUUGUAGAAAAAUUAUUCCAUCAAAAAUUUUACAAGCUUUAUGCUGUAGAUUUGGGUGUUAUCUGAAGAAUUUUAUUUGUUGACAUGCUGUAACUAGAUACAUUUCACUGAAUAUUUUUUGGGUCUAACAACUGAUGCAAUUUCAUUAUUGUCAAUGAAUCAGGAGUAUUCACAAUAUGCAUAGAAUCUCCUAUUUUAGCUUUGGAGUAAGUCAAUGUUAUGCCAACAAGUAUGUAUUUCCAGUUUUGGCUGACAUAUUUAUAAAAGAUGUGGUCUUGUUGUAUGUGAUUGAACUGUGGCGCAUGAGGGUGUAACUUAGGUAUGUAGCAUUCCAAAAUCUGGAAAACUUCAUGACUUUUCAUUAAAAAUUCCAACUAAAGAACCAUUGUUACAUUGAUCCUUCUGUUCAUAUUUUUAUAUAUUGUACAAUGUCCACUGCUUAGUUUUGUGAUCUAUAGUAUAUUUUUGUUAUCCUGGUUUUUUACUCAUGAAGACAUGUAGCUAUCUAUGUAUAUAUGAAAUGUUUUAUAGGCGUUUCUUUUCUUUUUUUUUUAUUGAGAAGCCAGUGAUGAUACUACUACUAGGUAGUGAUUUUUAACUGUAAUUUACUGUACAAGCAAUUAGCAUGUUGGUCAAGUUCAUUCCGAAAUGUGGGAAAACAGAAAUACAUUGCUUCAUUGCAUCCAUUGACUGUUUUGUCCUGUUUGUAGAGUUUCUUGUCACUUAAGCAUUUUUUAAACAUGUUAUUGGAACCCCUUUUUGGCUUGACAUUCCAGAUAGUUAUCAGUAUUACCUGCUGUUAUAAAAUUGCUUUCUGCUGUUUUCCAUUCUGCCAAAGAUCAACAAGUUCAUUUUCAUAACUUGACAAAAUGCUUUUAUUUCCUAUGUGAUGUAUUUUAAUAAUAAUUGUUCUUUAAGUAUAUUAUUUGUUUGGGAUAACAGAAGUAUAUUUUGUAUAGUAUUCAAAUGGUUGGAAUUUUGGAGAUAGGAACGUUGUAGAUUAGCCCCACCGCUCAUCCUGUUCAGUGGCUUUGUUUGAGUAAUAAAAGUGAUGUGAUGUACUUAC